AUGGCGGCGGCGGCGGCGUCGCCGCCCGCGGCCUGGCAGCAGAACGUCGCGCUCCUGUCCACGGACGCGCCCGGCGCCAAGGAUGACGGCGAGGCGAGCGACGAGCGCAAGGCCGAGGGCCAGGAGUCGCCGCGCGGCGGCGGCUGGAACGCGCGCGGCACGGCCUGGGUCCACGGCGAGAAGGCGCGCGGCACGCUCGACGUCACGGGCGACGCCGCGACGGCCAUCGCCAAGUCCAACGAGCUGCCGGAGAAGCACCGGCCCCACCGCGUGCCGCGCAUCGGCAAGUUCUUCCGGCGCCACAUCAAGAAGCCCACGCGGCGGAUUAAGCCGCCCAAGGGCAAGGUCAUCGACGGCCGCCACGAGCAGUACACGCUGUCCUACACGAUGCAGCUCGGCAUCCAGCGCAGCGUCGAGUACGCCCACGGCGCGUUGCCCGACUCCUUCGACGCGGCCUGCGCCGAGACCAUCAAGACCAAGUUCCCGCCGGGCGGGAGCGACCUCACGCCGGAGCACGCGAUGCGCCACGCGUUCACGGCGAAGGACUACGCGCCCUGCGUCUUCUCGCGGAUCCGCGCGCUCAUGGGCGUGACGCCGGAGUUGUACCUGGAGAGUCUGUGCUCGGGCCUGAGCUUCAUCGACUUCAUCGCGAACUCGCGGAGCGGCCAGUUCUUCUUCUACAGCUUCGACGGCGUCUUCAUGAUCAAGACCGUGCGCCAGGACGAGAAGGAUUUUCUCCUGAAGCUGCUGCCGGGCUACUACAAGCACCUGCUCAAGCACGCGGUCCGGCCGGACGACGACGCGGCCGCGGCGGCCGCGUCGUUCUUCCCCAACGGCAACGCGUCGCUGCUCACGCGCUUCUACGGCCUGCACUGCACGAAGCUCAAGCACCUGCGGCGCAAGGUCCACUUCGUGGUCAUGAGCUCCAUCUACGGCGCGAACACGUCGAGCCGCAUGACCCAGUUCGAUCUGAAGGGGUCGCUCUUCAACCGGUCCGCGAAGGCCGAGGACAAGGUGCUCAAGGACCGCGACGCGCUCGACCGGCGCGUGAAGCUGCGGGUCGACAAGGCCAAGGCCGACGCGCUGCUGGACAGCGCGCGCCACGACGCGGCCUUCCUCGCGCGCCACGGCGUCAUGGACUACUCGCUCCUCGUGGGCAUUUUUACGCCCAAAAACGGCGCCGCGGGCGCGCUCUCGCCCGCGGGCGACGCGGCGCCCCAGCCGCCCCACGACUCGAGCCCGCGGCCGUCGCUCUCGGCGGGCCAGUCGACGCAGGCGCUCUCCGAGUUCAACUCGCGCCACUUCUCCCGGCUGCCGUCGUCGCUCUCCGUCGCGGCGGAAUCCGCGCGGCGCUCGUUCCGCGGCGCGCCGCCGGGCGACGGCGGGGUGGCCGCCGGCGGCCUCGACGACGACGAGGACGACGCGGGCCGGCCCGCGGCGACGCCGUCGAAGGCGGGCCACGACGACCGGCCGCCCGCGCCGUUCGACGUCGCGAUCGAGGGUCUGGCGGAGGACGGCUCGCGGGAGCUCUACUACCUCGGCAUCAUCGACAUCCUGCAGAAGUACACGAUCCGCAAGCACAUCGAGACCGACAUCAACAUCGUCACCAAGGGCCUCGGGAAGUACAGGGAGUGCUCCUGCGUGUCGCCCGACGCGUACCGCGACCGCUUCCUCAAGUUCAUCACCCACAUCUUCUGACGCGCGCUCGUCGUCUAAGCGGCGACCGCCU